AGUGUACGAGGUCAAUAUUCCUGACAGCUGAGUACAAGAAAAUCCAGAACGCGAUGGGGUUGGGCGCGACGUCUGACCGUUUUCUACGAAUGUAUUCGGUUUAUAGACACAAAAGAUUUGUGAAAUGGACCUCUACAAAAUUGUGAUGUUGUCAUUGUGUAUUUUUUAUUUCGCUUGAGUGUGGCAAAGUGAAUCGUGAUAGAUAUUUUUCUGUGUGUUCCCGGCGAUUUAUUUUUGGCUUGGUUUGAUACUUUCUGUUUUUACGCCGGCCAAUAAUACAAUAACAAUAUGGCUUUCCUAUCAGCUGUUCGUAGCUUCCGUAUUAUAACCCAUGAACAAAGGACUGGGUUGCUUUUCACCACAGCAGUGGCCAGUAGACAGUUUUCUGAUAAUAUUUAUUCUAAACAGCAAGACUGUCCUGAUCGUGAAAGAUCUCGUUCGGUGACAUCGUUUUAUUUCCAGAGUGCCAUCGACCAAGCUGCCAAUAAGCCGUCUGUACGUUUAACCCCAGCAGCCAUCUUGUAUUCUGGUAAAAGUAAUGAUGACAGUCAUAUUUUGAGAAGCGCCCAGUACCUACAUAAAGAACUGCCAGUUCGUAUAGCACAUCGUAUUGCCGGAUUCCGUGGUUUGCCUUUUAUCAUUGGAUGUAAUCCUACUAUAUUACAAGUUCAUGAAUUAUAUAUACGAGCUUUUCAUAUUCUCUCAGAAUUCCCACCUGUUGUCGAUCUGGGUAUAGAAAAGGAUUUUUCGGAUACUUUACGCAGUUUAUUAGAUGAUCAUAAAGAUGUGGUUACUCUGUUGGCCGAGGGAUUCGGAGAAUGUCGAAGACAUAUUAACGAUGAGAAUCUGAUCAAAAGUUUUCUGGAUAAAACGUUAACAUCCCGUCUCGGUAUACGAAUGUUGGCCGAGCAUCACCUAGCUUUACACACUGAAACAAGGCCUAACUACGUGGGCAUAGUAAAUGUUGGAUUCUCACCCCGAAAACUUAUAGAAAAGAAGGCAGAUUUUGUAAGGAAUGUUUGCCAGGCUAAAUAUGGUUUCUCACCAGAUGUCAAACUGAACGGUCACGUCAACGCCACGUUUCCUUAUAUAGCGCCACCUUUAGAUUACAUAUUGACAGAAUUACUGAAAAACGCUUUAAGAUCUACAGUAGAGUCUAAUUUAGAAAGUUUACAGAACAUGCCAGCUGUUUAUGUUACCAUAGCGGUUAACGAAGAAGACUUUGUUAUCAGGAUAUCUGACCGAGGUGGUGGUAUUCCUCACAGCUAUGUAAAUAAAGUAUGGGAUUAUAACUUUACGACGUCUGGAAGCCUGUCAGAUGAUCGAAUAGAUGGAGGUCUCUUCGGACAAGUUAUGAACGCCUCCAAUUCUGGUCCUAUGCCUGGAAAAAUGCAUGGGUAUGGAUUUGGUCUACCAACAGCUAAAGCGUAUGCUCAGUAUCUUGGAGGUAGCUUGACGAUAGAGACUAUGUCUGGUAUUGGUACGGAUGUGUAUCUCCGUCUAGCACACAUUGACGGAAAGAGAGAAAGUUUCCGCAUUUAAUUUUUUUGGUUCAUUUUACGUUUACCUGUACAUGUGGCUAUUAUAUCUUUAUUUGUUUUUGAGUAAAGAACAAAAUUAUAUUUUUUUCUUUAUUUUAUGUUUGUUUAAAUCGUGCUAAAUGUAAGUCAUUAUUAUAUUGCCGUAUUAUUUUGUUAUUGUAUACUUUUAAGGAUUUUGAUGCAGGGCUUCUGUUUCAGUCAAAUUGACCAAUCUCGACAACCUGAUUAAAACACAGAGCCUAUUUCGUUUCGUUUUUAUUUUAUAGUUCAAAAUUUUGUUUUACUUGUCUUUACUACACCUAGGAUCUGGAGAAACGGUCUGUUAUGGUGAAUUUUUGGUGUGAGGUGCACGGAACUGUGGGUAACCCACUAGAAAUAUCAACGCUGAUUGGUUAAUCAAAUGUCUGACAUCAUAGGAUCAAAAGCCACUCGUAUGACUCUUGACACGAUCUUCCACUACAACCGGUCAUACCUUCAUGUAGUGUAGUCCAUUGAAAGUAUAAAAACGAAAUGAAAUAUAGAUCUGUAUUUUCAUCAGAUUAACUGACUGGAGAACUAACCUGUCAGUCCAUUAACAAGUCAUGAAAUUAGUAACUUUAAAAAACAAUAAACACCGUUAAAUAUCUAGUUUUUCUGUGUUAAUACUUUUGAAAUAUAUAUAAAAAUUUGAAUCAUGUCAUAAUAUCUGGUUAAUCUAAGAAAACUAUGGUAUAUCAAGUUUUAACUGACUGGCAAUGUUUUAAAAUGAAAGUUGAUAUGAUGUGAAGAGUUAAAGGAGCUAAAUCGCUAACAUUUGUGACCAAGAAAUUGACACAAGUGGGUUGCAACUCAUUUAAUACUGUAAUAUGAAUGUAUAUAAACUGAUAUACAUUCAAUCGUUUUCGUUUUUACUCUAAUUUCAAAUCAGUUAUGUUCCGCGAAAUAAACCAGCAGUCCCAAUCGAAUGCAAAUUUCUAGCGCCUGGUUAUUCCAGUCUACAUACGCCGUUUGGUUUGAUGCAAUAUGCCUAGCCUCGUUCCUCGAGUCUCUUGCUAGAACUGGGGCUGAAAUGCAUUAUGGUACAUGAUUCGUGUACCAAUGGUAAAAUGUUUAUUUUGUCUUAAAUAUUAGAUAUCAGAAGCCCAUCUUUUUCCGGUAAGAUCACAGCAUCAAUGUUGAUUUAAAUUGACAAAUAAUUUGUGUUUUCAAUGUUGAAGAUAUUGGAUGAUAUUGAGUUAGAGACUUAGCUACUUUAACAGUUGAGUUGAGAGCAAGACACUCCUGUGUAGUAUCGCUCUCAAUCUUAAACCAUGUUUAACGCUUGUUGUUUAAACAAAAUGAAUUCUACUUGAAUAACAACGGCCGUUUUCUGUUGAAAUGCGAGUAAAACGAUAGCGCUUGACCAUUAUUUUAUUGCAGAAGAUCAAAGCUAUCCGAGCUCGGACAUUACUUCCUUAUAAAAUAUCGAAGCUGCGAUUUCCUUUGACAGUGUUCACAUUAAAAUAGUCAAAUAACUAUUACCUCGUAUAGAUAUAGAGUCAUAGAAGAUUUUAUUUACACAAUAAAUUAUAUUUAUAUAUACUUAUUCCUCUUGUCACAAAAUUAGAGGCAUUUAGUGUCUGAAUAUAGCAAUAAACUAAACCCAUACUUAUAGAAGAACAAUUACUUAAUUUAUUUUCACAAAGUUUUGAAGGGUAUUCUCUUAACAUUUUCAAGCAACUUCAUUAACAAACGUCGGCUAAAUAAAUUAAAGAUACAUUAUGUAAGAUUUAGAUAAAGAGCUGACCAUUCUUGCUAUGAUAUUUUAAAUAUAGAUAAUUCAAAAUGAAUAAUUUGAAAAUUACAUUCAAAUUACUCUUUUGCCAGCGAAGAUAUUAGCCUUUGAAGGUUUGACAAGACGUGAGCAAUAAUUUCAACCAUUAUACUGGUUGUUUGAAGCCAAGUCUUGCUCCUCCAUUUUUAAAUGAAAUCAAAAUAUCGCUGAACCGUUUCAAUCUAUUUAAUAUCAGAGAAAUCUGAAGCCACCAAGAGUUGAUUAUGGUCUGGAUAGGUUAAUUAAUGUCUAAAUAAUAAUUAGAUAACAUUUAAGGCUUAAAGAAAGACCUGCAAUAGGCAGAUUUAACUCUUGCAUAGUGUAUAUUUAAAGCGAUAAUUUCAUAUUUUUAAGUUAUAUUUUUAAAAUGUAUUAAAAUAAAGCCUUAAAAUAGAUGGUAUCUAUAAACAGUCCUACCUUGUUAAAGAAUAAUCCUAUAAUUCACUAUUGCCAGUUGAGAAAUUGGCAAAAACAUCAUUUUCAACUUCAAAUUCAAACGUUCGAAGAUAGCUAUUCCAUAUGGGGGGGGGGGGGGAAAUAGAAAAACAAGGGAGGUAAUUGUGUUAUUAUUUCCGGGUUGAAUGAUUUUAAGUGUGAGAAAGAUAACCUAUGAUUGUAUAAUAGUGAAUUGACAACCUAUUGAGCAAAAGACAUAGAAAUAAUUAUGUUUUGACCUUCUUAGAAAAUAUGAAAUUCUCGCUUUAAGUAAUUGUUUUUCCAUAUGUAUGUAUUUUAGUUUAUUAUCAGAAAAUCUCAGAUGUAAAAAACACUUUAAAGCUACUGAUUGUCAUCUGGACAAUAUCCGAUUAAUGAAAACGAAACCAAAAUAAUAACGAUAGAUAAUCGCUAGGAUUAGAUUCAAUGAGAUUUUAAAGAGGCUCAUCUAAAGAUGGCGCUGGUUACGCGGGUCCCAUGUCACAAAUAGAAAUAUUAUUUUACUUUUAUAUUUUUGAUUUUUUUUAAUAAAUUUGUAACUGAAGUUAUGACUAAAGGUAUAGAAUCUCAUUAUUAUAUACCCGUAUAUAGACAUUGCUUAGUUACCUCUGGUCAGUUAUUUACUGGAAAAACUAGACUACUAUCUGUUUAUUGCAGAUUUUAGCUUUGAUGUAUAUCUGGUGAUCAAAUAAUUUUCUAUGUUUUUAGAUCUGAAUGUUGUAGAAAUUGAAAUCUCUAAAUUUAUUCAAUACAAAAUGUUUGUUUAUUUUAUUUGUUUAUUUUAGUUUAUUGUUUAUGAAUUCUAAUUGGUGAGAAUUAAAACUGAUAGUAUAAUUAGAAAUAAUUUAAAUAUAAUAUAUGGUUAUUUCUAGUCUAACUCAGUUUGACCAUCCCCCUUGGUGAACAUGGGCCUAAGGCCUUCCAUCUGACAUGAUUCUCAGUGCAAGAUGAACAUGUUUCUAUGGUUACCGUGGGGAAGAUCAAGUUAAAAUGAGUCUAUAUAUAAUAUUUAAGUAUAUGUAUAUUAUCUUCACGCAAGCUUGGUUAUAUAACGCAUGAGAAAAUCCCUUAAAUCAAAACAAUGGCUUUCUCAUCAUCUAAAUCAGAUUUUUUUUUUUUUUUUUUGAUAUAUAUACUUUUAUAAUGCAUAUUCAUGUACUGUUGGUUGAUUUCCAUACUUUGUUUUGGUCUCGGCAUAAUUAUUAUUAGUCGCCCAGACAAUCGGCCCUUACUUCGCUAUAGGGAUUUCUUGACAACUUUUUCCCCGGGGAAAUAUGUGUAUAUAUACGAUUUAAUUGUCACAAUCCCUAUUUUAUGUAUUUGAUAAUGAAAUUGAUUUUAUUAAUGAAUGAAACCGCAAGACACCGAGAUUGUGGAGAUGAAUUCUGGGUGAAGAAUAAGUUGUAUUUUAUUGGUUGAUAUAUUUCGUAAUAAUUCUUACGUUAAGAUGAAUAUUUUGCGUGUGAUUAUCUACUAUGUAGAUGACUUUAUAUUUUUUAUGUUUAAAUUGUUCUGUUUUAGUUUAAUUACAAGAUGUCCAUCCAUCGUACUAACAUUACUUGUAAUAAACAAGUGUUAGGAUAAGGGUUAGGUAUGUCCAUCGUACAAACUUUAUUUGUAUAGAACAAACUCAACAAAGGUUAGGGUAAGGGAUAGGUUGAUCAAACUACCUGUAUUAAAAUAUAUCUUAGCUUUUUA